GAUCUGGCAUUACUGUUUGCGGACAAGUUUUGCAUCGACUUAUAUUUCUGCAAGCGGUCUUUUUCGCAGCGACGAUGUUCUGAAAAUAAUUUUUGUGCAAAUUGCUGAAAAAUAAUCUAAAGUAGAAUUGUGGAGGAAAAUAUAGCACGUAAUUAAUUGAAGCCGUGGAUAGCAGUGAAAAUGUCAAAGAAAAUGUCACGAUACCCCAGCGACAGGAAGGUAUAUGUGGGUGAUUUAGGCAAUAGUGCCAGAAAGAAUGAUUUAGAAUACGCGUUUGGCGCUUAUGGAACUUUACGAAGUGUUUGGAUUGCACGCAAUCCGCCGGGAUUCGCGUUCGUUGAAUUCGAAAGCGCUCGUGAUGCGGCAGAUGCUGUACGCGGUUUAGAUGGACGCACAGUUUGUGGACGCCGAGCAAGAGUAGAGUUAUCUACAGGAAAGUUUGCCGGUGGAGGAAGUGGGCGUGGUGAUCGGCGUAGUAUGCGCGAUCGUUCACGCAGAAACAACUCUGAUGAUAACAAAUGCUAUGAAUGUGGUGGAAGAGGACAUUAUGCUAGAGAAUGUCGGCGUCGUGAUAGUCGACGUGGUAGUCGACGUCGAAGCAAUUCAAGGAGUCGGUCACGUAGUGCUUCUCGCACUCACAGAUCACGUUCCCGAACUGCUGCUUCGGCAAGCCGAUCUCGCAGUCGGAGUCGUUCAGUUUCACCGAAUAAAAGUUCACGUAAGUCUCGUGAUGUCGCUUACAAUAGUAAGUCGCGAGAGAAUGGACGCGGCGCCACAGAGAAUGGUAGCACAUACCAUAGAUAUAGCGAGGACGAGCGCAAUGGUGGCACCGGAGGGGCUUCGCCAUCGCCAAAGCGACGCUACGAUGAUUCUGUAUCGCCGUCACCAAGGCGUAACAUCCCGACAAAACGCAGUCGCCGAGGUGAUUCAACACCAUCACGGUCUAGUUCGCGCAGAGAUUAGCAGAUGAAAGUUGCAAUAGCUGUUAAAGCAACUAAUAGACAUUGAGCUUGAGGGCUCGUUUGCCGCAGUGCAUGAAUAUACAGUUUUACUCCUUUCUCUCAUUUCAAACAAGUCGCUAUAUAAAUCCAAACAGUUGAAAAUAGAAUUCUUGAAAUUCGAUUAUUAUGCCGUAUGUCGUUUUAAGUAGAAAAGAGUUUAAACUUUUAAGAAUACUAUAAACUGGAAGGACUUAUUAUAUUACAUAAGUGGUAAUGCAUUAUUUAUUAUGGAAGCAUAAAAUGAUGCAUUUUCCACAAAACAACAACAGUAACAAAGUCUGACAACAACUAUACGCAGCGAAUAAAAAAACAAGCAACAAGCAAAAAGUUCACACAACUUACAUUUAUAUUUUUUAUUUUAAUAUUUUGUAAGCUACUCAAUUUAAGCAGUAGAUUUAUUGAAUAGGUUAAACUAAAUUUAAGCUCAUUUCAAUUGAAUGAACAUCGGGCCCGAAAUGAUAGUAUUUAUAUUUCAUACGCCAAAUAUGUACUCGCGAGCAACAUUUCUCAUAAUUGCUUUUCGUAUAAAAUUGAUUUGUCAUGAUUUUGUCUUAAAUAUUCAAUAAAUGCUGCACAAAUUGGUUGAUAUAAAAGUGCAUGGAAUACAAAA